CUAUUUAUUCAACAGUUGUUUAUCAAUUAUUAUUAACAAACAAUAAAACACAAUUUUAGAUUUUGCUCAAGUGAUUAAUAAUAAUUAUUAUUUCAAUAUUUACUAAAAGUUACUGAAGUUGUUAAUAUAUAAUGCAUACAAUGAUACAUCUUAUUGGAUAGCAAACCUUGCUUGUAUUACAUACCUCCUUCAGAAUGAUAGCUCAACUGUUUCUCGAAAUGUUUGUAAAAUGUUACAAUCAAUAGUUACACCGUCAGGUUCACGUUUGUAUGAUAAUAAAUUACAAAUAAAACUACAACUACAUGGCUUCACAACCGGACACAAAUGUUGCCGCCCUUUGUCGCAUCUGCAUCCGCGACGUAAGUGAUGUACCAGCCGCAAAUAUUUUCGAGUCCUCUAGUAAAGAUCCCAGCAUCUACAGUAAGCUUAGCAUAAUCUGUUCCGAGGUGUUUGCCUCUGAGCCCGAGCCGAAACCAUUAGCCCAGGAGGAACAAGCGAAAGAAAAAGGUCUACCGGUGACCGUGUGCCCAGAAUGCAAAUCCAAAAUCGAUCAGGCUUUUGACCUUCACGAGCUGUGCAUCGAGAGCGACCGGAAGCUCUGGGAAAUGCUGACGGACCCUGUCGGUGUAGUAAUCAAGCAGGAAUUGGGCGAUGUGAUUCUGCCUGAGAAAAUUCAGCAACUGCCCGAAGUGUUCACAGAAUGUCUUAGUGAGCUAACGCUGAAUGUACAGCAUGGAGCUACUAAAGAAGGCACUAAAAAGUGUAAGGCCAAAGCGAAAGGGCGACGGCAGUUCCGAUGCGAAAAAUGUACGGCCACGACAGAUCGGGCGUUUGGACUGUAUAAACACAUGAGGCUUAAACAUCCCAAAGAAGCCCUUGUAUGCCAUUAUAGAAAGUGCCAUCAGGUUUUCUUCGACGAGGUCAAGUUCCAAGAACAUAGGAAUACCCACACUGUCGUCAAGCCGAACGAGCCUCAACCGUGUCCAAACUGUGGAAAGUUAUUCAAAUCGCUAGAUGGUAUCAAAGCACACGCGGAUCAAUGCGCAGGAAACACUCCUUUUCUGUGUACCGAAUGUGGCAAAGCUUAUUCCUAUGCGGCCAGCUUGCGCCAGCAUCUUAUGCGACACAAGGAAAAAUCGUUCGAAUGUGAUCAGUGUCCUGUGAAGUUUCAUACGAAUAUCAGCCUGAAGAAACACAUGCUAACGCACACGAAGGAACGAAAAUUUAGCUGCGACACUUGCGGAUCUCGGUUUACGAUGAAGCACACGCUGCUGAAGCAUAUUCAGUUGCAUACGGGUGUUCGACCUUAUCCUUGUGAUUUAUGCAGUUUGAGAUUCACAAACUCGGGCCAUUUACAGCGGCACAUGCGUACUCACACAGGAGAAAAACCGUACAAAUGUCCUCACUGUGAUCGUGCCUUCGCUCAAACCGGCGAUCUGGCCAAACACAGCAAGACCCACUUCGGGGCAAAUCCAUACAAGUGUGACCAGUGCGAUGAGGCAUUCCGUUUGAUGACUGACUUACGGAAUCACUACCGACUGCACUAUCAAGCGAGCGAUAAGGAAAAACCAGAUCGCCCAAAAACGUUCGAUUUUACUAUUGUUAGCACAUUGAAAAGGCGUGCUGAACAAGAGAAGCACUCAGGAAUUCGAAAAGUAGACCAACUGCUUGAUAAACGAAGAGAGGUUGAAAUGGUGCAAACAAUUCUUGCGGAUUUGUCGGAAUUUCCGACGUCGUGUUUGGAUUGCAACCGGCUGGCAUCCCCAUACAACAUGAACAAUUACAACUACAACUCAUACCCGGAUAACUACAAUAACUACAAUGAUUCCGGAUCUAAUUCCGACUUUUCGAACGUCCCGUUCUACUUGAUGUCGCAAAACGCUUCCAUGGGUGGAGGCGGAGGAGGAGGAAACGAUGGCAAUGCACCGAACUACAACAAUCGCAGCCAGUACAAUUAUUCCAUGAACAGCUCGCAGUCAUCAAACAGCUACUCGUCGAGCUCCUACGGGUACGGAGGCGGAUCGCAAAAUCAAGCGCAGUACCAGUACAGCGCCACUAUGUCGUCGGACAUGAGUUCGAGCCUCCCGUUCACCUAUGCCGACAAUGGCUCGGACAACAACAAACGAAAGAACCGCGGACAGCAACCGUGGGUCAAACGCGAUUCCCUGAAGCGCCCUGCUCCGUACGCCGGGGCUCGUGGAAUGAAUCUUAUGCAGAAAAUGGGCUGGAACCCGGGCCAGGGACUCGGUCGGCGGGAAAAUGGCGAACUGGAACCGUCGUUCCCCGACAUCAAGAUGGACAAGCGCGGUUUGGAUGCCGGUAAAAAGCUAAGCGUACCGAUUAACGUAAGAUCUGAGGGUGGACGCAAGCUCCAGAUGGCUACGAUUAAGCUUGUCACGGAAGGCAAAAAUCCGCUAUCGAUUCUGGAGGAGUACUGCAGCAAGAGGAAGUUGGAAGCACCUAAGUAUGCGGCGGUCGUUGAUGAAGGCCCGGUUCAUGCCAAGAAUUACGUGUUCAAAGUAACCGUGGACGGAGUGGAUUAUACGGCCGAGAAGGGCAGCAAUGUUAAGAAAUCGGCCCGGCUGGAAGCAGCCAAGAAGUAUAAUAAUCAGUCCAACCGAAAAGAAAACUACUUCCGGCAACCAUCGCCCCAGCAGGCAAUCGAAAUGAACUUUAAAAUACACACAGACGUAUCGCGUCUGUGUCGUAUUUGUUUGAAGGAAGCCAAAACCAUGGAAUACAUCUACAAGUCUUCGGAUCCGGGUCGCCCCAGUCUGCACCGAAUGCUGAGUGCCGUAUGCGCUCCGAUUUUCGACAGCGAAGACGUUCACGAGCAGAUAGCCCGGGAAUCGUUCGGAAUGCCCAAAUCAGUGUGUCGCAUUUGUAAGCUCAAGGUUGUGGCGGCAUACGAACUCUACGAGGCAUGCAUCGAAGGCGAUCGUAAACUGUGGGAGAUGAUUAUCGUCCAAAAGGAACUCAUAGGCGAUGAAGGAGCAACAGAUGAGCAGCCCAAUACGACGGAAGCACAGAACGAAAUGGGCAAAGGCGUGUCUACCAUAGAGCUACCGGAAACUGCCAAUGAUGACAGCUCAGAGAAAGACCCUGCUUCGGCAAAUACAGAGGAGUUCUACCGUAAUAAAACCAUUUUUACGUGUGAUGUGUGCUCGGUCAAUUUUAUAUCUAAAAAGCGCCUUCGAAUACACAUACUAGAAUUUCAUCCCGAGUCGGUAAAGCAAUGCCAAGAGUGCGAUGACAUAUUUGUCAGUGAAGUUCAAAUGGAAGAUCACAAGCUGUACCAUCGAACCGGGAAGCGAUUUUCCUGUGAUGUUUGCAAAAAACGAUUCAGUACCACCACGGGUCAUCGUUUGCAUGCUCGUAGUCACGUUAAAUUCACUCCGUUCCAGUGCGAUAAAUGCGACAAAAGCUUUUCGACAAUGGGCAUCCUGAAAUCGCACGUGAUGCGGCAUAACGGCCAGCGAGAUGUUGCCUGUGAGAUCUGUCCGUUGAGGUUCUACACCAAGGGAUCGCUCAAGCUGCACAUGAUAACCCACACUAAUGAGCAAAAAUUUGCAUGCGACAUUUGCGAUUCGCGAUUCAAGAACCGGGACUCGUUAAUAAAGCACACCCAGAAACACUCUGGAGAGCGACCGCAUCAAUGUACCGAAUGCACAAUGAAAUUCUUCACAACGAGCCAACUGAAAUGCCACAUCCGAACGCACACCGGAGAAAGACCGUACAAGUGCGCCUAUUGUGAUCGCGCGUUCAAGCAGUCGACCGAUUUGCUGCGACACAGUCGCAAUCAUGUCGGAGACAAGCCCUACCAAUGUGAUAUCUGUACCGAUUCGUUCAGAUUGGUAACCGAACUGCGGAACCACUACGCGGUGCACUUUAAACCGGGCGCCAAGGGGGCCGCCGAAAUGAUCGAUAAGCUGAAAACGAAAUACACCAGUAACGGCGUGAAGGAAUAUUUUUCCAUUACGACUUUAUUGAAUAGGCGCUUCGAGCAGGAAAAAGUCGAGGAGGACAUGGACACCGAGGAGGGGGGAAGUAGCAAACAAGCCGAUACCGGAAAUACUAACGAAUAUGAUAGUGCGGAUGCUGAAGAGAAAAAUGAGGUUGAAAUUGAAUAAGGUAAGGAAGUUGAACUUCCGAGGAAAUGGUAAUUGUUACGUCUAUGGACAUUGCAGGCUUCAAAUUUCGUGGACUGCAAGUAGUGUUAUAAAGAAUAAAUUAUUGAAAAUUUUAA